AUGAACACGCCUCCGUCACUCUCUGGAAUACGAGACAAGGGGAAGACGAGAGGAGGAGAGGAGAGGAGAGGAGAAUACGGCGGAAUCUAUGCCUCCGGGCGGGGUGGAACGAGGAGGGACAGAGAGGACCAAAGGACGACCAAAGAGUCGGCGUGGUUGAUGUUCCGGACAGUGCCAAGACCAACAGCAGGACUCCAGACGAGAACCAGAAACUGGGAGGACGCCUGCUUUUAUACCGCGCCGGAUUCCCCGUCCGUGUGGCCAAAGACCAGCGUGGCCACACGGGCUUUGCCGUUGCGCACACGGCCCUCGCCACCCCCUUUACCGUACCAGCACCGUCGUCCUCCCGCCCUGGGAUUGGGCCGCUGCAGCAGGUGCUGCUUCAAGCGGCGUCGCUCACUUGCCCCAUUGGGCCAGUCAAUGGUUGGCGUGCCAAGGUCGGAAGCUCCAUGA